AAACCUCAUCAAAUCUCGCGAGAGUUUAGCGAAAUGGCCGCGAGAUCUGGGAGGGAAUUUUCUCAGGAGGGCGAGGAAAACAGAUUUCAAGUGGUGUCUCGCGAGAUGUACAUCGCUGUUUCCCUGACCCGAACGGAGAGCGGUUGGGGGGUUGGUUGCCUAGGGAUGAGCAAACCAUCUGAAGACGGAGGAGUCGCGCGAUCUUCAUAGUGAGAUCAUACAGGACAAGAGAAGAUAUUUUUAAAACAUUUUUAAACAUUCACAAUGGGGAAGGAUUAUUAUUCCGUUCUUGGACUUGAGAAGGGGGCAUCUGAUGAAGACAUCAAGAAGGCUUAUCGAAAGCAAGCUCUUAAAUGGCAUCCAGAUAAGAAUAAAUCUCCCCAUGCAGAGGAAAAAUUCAAAGAGAUUGCAGAAGCUUAUGAAGUGCUGAGUGAUCCCCAAAAAAGAGAGAUUUAUGAUCAAUUUGGAGAAGAAGGAUUAAAAGGAGGAGCUGGAGGGCCUGAUGGACAAGGGGGCACAUUCCGGUACUCCUUCCAUGGAGAUCCACAUGCUACAUUUGCAGCCUUUUUUGGUGGUGCAAAUCCUUUUGAAAUCUUCUUUGGGAGAAGGAUGCCAGGCAGCAGGGACACUGAAGACAUGGAAGUGGAUGGAGAUCCGUUUGGUUCCUUUACUGCUUUUAAUAUGAAUGGAUUUCCAAGGGAAAGAAACACUGUUGGUAGCCAGCCCCGUCGUAAGCAAGAUCCUCCUGUUAUUCAUGAACUGAAAGUAUCAUUGGAAGAGAUUUAUCACAGCUGCACCAAAAGAAUGAGGAUUUCUAGAAAAAGGAUGAAUCCAGAUGGAAGAAGUGUCAGAACAGAGGAUAAAAUCCUUACCAUUGAUAUCAAGAAAGGCUGGAAGGAGGGCACUAAAAUUACAUUUCCCAGAGAAGGUGAUGAAACACCCAACACUAUCCCAGCAGAUAUUGUGUUUGUUAUUAAAGAUAAACCUCAUCCUCACUUCAAGAGGGAUGGAUCAAAUAUUAUCUAUCCUGUCAAGAUUAGUUUACGAGAGGCUUUAUGUGGCACUUCAAUCAAUGUACCAACAAUAGAAGGUCGAGCCAUACCUAUGACAGUAAACGAAGUUGUAAAGCCUGGAAUGAGAAGAAGAAUUAUAGGAUAUGGUUUGCCAUUUCCCAAAAAUCCUGAUCAGCGAGGUGACUUAAUCAUAGAAUUUGAAGUAGUCUUUCCAGAUAGUAUAGCUCCAGCAUCAAAAGAAGUACUCAGGAGGAAUCUCCCUGUUUCAUAAGGAAAUACAUUUUACUAAUUUUCCAAGACAAUGCAGAACAUUGGAAGAUUUAUGCUGUAAAAGUGCAGUCUAUAACUGUGGAACUUUUUUAGUGUGUGUGGAUGUGGGAGGGAAUUAUGCAGUGCUGCAUGACAAUAAAAGGGGAAAAUACACAAGACUUACAAUCGAGUAUAAUACUGAAACCACUUGCUAUAUUUUAGAUUUUCCUUUUCAGAAAGUUUAUCUGAUAUUUUGCUUACGUGUAAAAUGUAGUCUGGGGAGAACCCUGUGUCUAUCUUUUAUAUUGAAAUACUUGACGUUCAAGCACUUCAUGUAUUUCUUGGUCAUCUAUGUAGGAUAUUGUAUCAUACUAUCAGAAUUCAUAAUACAAAUCCAUGUAGUAGAUGCAAUAUUCAUGUUAUAUAUAUGCCUGUUUGCUUGGUUUUCAUUGCACAUAGCAGAAGGCAGAAAAUAUCAUUUAAUGUUCAUAAGCCCAAAGAAGAUAACAUUUCUCCUAUAUUAUAAUAUAUGCUAAGGCAUUCUUUUGCUCAGUAAGUAGAAUGCUAGCCUGGUCUAAAGGUAGACAUUCUCAUUCUAGCAAAUUUCCAGAUGGAAACACUUGUGGAAUACAGUUGCUUUAAAGACUCUGUAGGCAGCCCAUGUAGAUGAUGAUCUUUCUUAACAACGUGAAAGACAGUUGGGGUGUGUGUGUGUGUGUAUCUAUAUCUCUCUCACACAGAUUCUACUCUUUUAACAGCAUGCAAGUUCCAUUAAUGGUAUAUUCCUAUCUCUGUCAUGAUUAUCCAAAGAAAGAGAGGGGGGAAAGCCCUCACUAUUCUAGUUUUUAUAAAACAUCUAUAGGGCUGGGACCUUGGAUGGCAAAAUAGAUCUACUUAACAUGUUUUCAGCAUUUGUCUUAAAACAUGUUUCAUUCUAAUAUAUGUAAGUAAAUUUUUGUUAAAAAUAAAAAUUUGAUUUUAUUAUCUGUUCAUGUGCUGGUAGCUGCACUGUUAAUAGCAGAGCUGUCAACCAUUUUGUAUUGUUCCUUAGGAAAAAAAUAAAUAUUUUGAGAAUUUAAAUUUAGUUAUAACACCUAUUUUCUAACUACUAGCACAUUUGAAAUCCAUGUUAGGAUUAUAAUAUUUCUGUGGGAGAUUUUAAAAAAGAAACUACAUAAUUUGAGCCACUUAGCAACUUUUUAUUUGAUUUCAUAGCUGGAAUACAAAUUGAAAUAUGCAGUUGGCUGCUAAAAGUGACCCAGAAUGCUUGUUUUUAUGAAAGCGUGAAAGUAAAAAUUGCUGCUUAUUUCUUAUGCAAACUGUGCACAAAAUUUUCUUCAUGGUCUGUGCUGCAUUUCAUACAUUUUUAAUUAAAAUUUGUUUUUAAUGUU